AUGUAUACUCAGAGAUGCACGUACUCCAAAAUGUUUCUAAUCUUUUUAAUUCUGCUAAAGGAAAUCGUUGUGACUCAGCAAACAGAGACGGCCGUUGAUGAGGGAGACGUGGCAGUAGUCGCCGAAGAUGUCGCCAAAGAUUCGGUUAAAGACGAAGUGAUCAAGAAAGCCUCAGUACCUAAAACUGUACCGUUUUCCGGUCGCGCACACGCCAAAGGAAGUGUCAGAAUCGUCACUCAUUUUGGACCAAACUACGGAAGAAAACCGUGGCCUUUUUUCAUGAGAACUGGCCCGCUACCACGCUACAUAAACUCUCCGUACAUAUGGCCGUUACGUGUAAUUGAAAUCCAACCCCAACCGUGUUACCGACCAUUCCGGAUGCAACGGUUCGGGCCAAAGUUUGCACCGUUUUUCGAUUUCGUGCCAAGAAGAACGAUGUGGCAGCGUUCCGUGGCAAUACCGAUGUUGAACGUGCCACGUUAUCAAUGUGUUCCGAGAUUGCAAAAUCUGAAAGGCGAUGAUACUACGGAUGACUGA